GUUGAGCACCCGGAGCUCAUGGUCGUCCCUGCUACAACACAUGCAGACCCAUGGACUGAAAAAUCUGAAAAAGUGGACUAAGAAGAACAUCUCCUUACCACCUGUGGGAAUCUGAUCACAUGUUUAUGUUUUAAUGUGUACAGCUUUGUUCAGACUGAUCAGUUUUUGAACCACGAUGAAGACUCUGCUACACACACUAGUCAUUCUGUUGACUUUGGUCGCCUCUUGUUACUGUGGACAGAAAGCACCGCGUAUCAUUACCUUAUUAGAAACAGUGGACAUCCUAGUGGAUCAUAACGCCACCUUCAUCUGUGAGAUCGACUCGUAUCCCCCUGCUGCCGUCACCUGGACCAAGAAUGACCAUCCCAUUAUGUACUAUGACACCCGGUAUCUCACUAAGGAGCAGGGACAAAUGCUCAUCAUCCCUCAUGUGAGGGAGUCAGACAAUGGAGAGUACUGCUGCCUUGCCAGCAAUGGUGUUGGAGAGCCUGCAAAAAGCUGCGGAGCACUUCAACUAAAGAUGAAGCCACAGAUCAAAAGACAUCCCGCUAAUCUGACCCUUCUGAUCGAAUCCAAAGCAGUGCUACCAUGUGUUACCCUCGGCAACCCCAAACCAGAUAUCACCUGGCUCAAAGACGAUGAACUGAUUAAGGUCAAUGAUCGCGUCACCAUCCUUGACUAUGGGGCGCUGAAAAUCCACAACAUUCAGAAGCAGGAUGCAGGACAUUACCGCUGCGUGGCCAGAAACAGCUUUGGUUUAGCUUUUUCCAAACCUGUCACUAUAGAAGUUCAAGCUCCAGCACGAAUCCUGAGGGUACCAAAGGAGAAGAGAGUACCUUAUGGUAGCCAGAUAUCACUGGAGUGUAACGCCACAGGAAAUCCAACCCCCACCGUCACAUGGCUAGAAAAUGGGAAUACUAUCUCAGGUGCAUCAGUGGAAGAGACGUUGGUGGGAGAGGUGAUACUGUCUGUCCUUAAAGUGACGGUGAAUAAACCAGCUCUGUACACCUGUCUGGCCGCCAACAGACACAACGCUGGGGCCAACACAGUCAAAGCAACCGCCAGGGUCACUGUCGCAGAGUGGAGACACAAACAGAGAGAGAGAGAGAGAGGGAGUUACAAAGGCAUUUCAGGCUACUGCAGUGCAUAUCGCGGAGAUGUUUGCCGCACAAUUCUGCAAGAUGAUCUGCUGGUGUUCUUUAACUCGUCCCUCCCGGACCCCGAGGACAUGCAGGAGUACCUGGUCCAGAGCUGGUGGGCGGAGCUGGAAGACCUCAGUGGGCCGUGCAGCCCUGCCGUGCGCUCCCUGCUGUGUCACUCCUCCUUUCCCGACUGCAACCCAUCCGGGUUAGGACCUGCACCUAAACCCGUCUGCAGAGAACACUGCAUGGCCGUAAAAGAGCUGUACUGCCAUAAGGAAUGGUUGGUACUAGAAAACAGUGUUGCAGUCCAGCGUGGGCUCCUUGGUUCAGUUAUGGGGUCCCACACUUCCAGUUCAUUGCUGCCCAACUGUCAGGUUUUACCAAGUCUUCACACAGACCCUGAUGCCUGUACACACAUUCCUUUUGUAGAUAUCAAGAAGGAUGAGAUUACAACAACAUGUUACAAAGACAGAGGUCGCUUUUACCAAGGCCCUGAGAACGUCACGAGGUCUGCAAUCGACUGUCAACCAUGGGACCAGCAGGUUCCCCACCAGCACCGCCUGUCUGUGGACGUCAUUCCAGAGUUGAAGAACUCUCACAACCACUGUAGGAACCCCGGAGGAAUCAAGGACAAGCCUUGGUGUUACACUUCCAGGCCUUACAUACGCUGGGAAUAUUGUGCUGUACCUGAAUGUGGAAAAACAGUCACAGCGCCAGUGAAAAAACCAGAGUUGAACUGGAAGACUCCUCAUCUUCCUCCUACGACAACUGUGUCGUCUCCAGCUUACUCCAUGUCGGUCAUCGUUAUCAUCUUGACCUCACUUGCAACCGCAGUCUUCCUCACCAUCGUAGUCGUGAGCUGCCGCAGGCGGAUGAGGCAGUUGAGAAACCACACGAGAAGAGAGUUUGAGGCCCCAACACUGAGCGCUCUUCCGUCAGAGCUCCUGUUGGACAGACUCCAUCCAAACCCCAUGUACCAGCGAGUUCCCCUGCUGCUGAACACCAAACUCUUGGCCCUGGAGUACCCCCGAAAUAAUAUCCAAUAUGUCAGAGAUAUUGGGGAGGGAGCUUUCGGACGAGUUUUCCAAGCCAGAGCUCCAAACCUGCUGCCCUGUGAGUCUUUCACAAUGGUGGCUGUGAAGAUGCUGAAGGAGGAGGCAUCAGCUGACAUGCAGAACGACUUCCAGAGAGAGGCGGCACUCAUGGCUGAGUUCGACCAUCCAAACAUUGUCCGACUACUAGGUGUGUGCGCUGUGGGUAAACCAAUGUGUCUGAUGUUUGAGUACAUGGCCAAUGGAGACCUCAACGAGUUCCUGCGUCGAAGAUCUUCAACCGAGCUGGCACACACACUCAGCCGCGCCAGCACAUCAGGUCGCAGUUUCUCCUCCAAUCUGGAGGUGGAGCCUCUUUCAUGCGUGGAACAGUUAUCGGUUUCCAAGCAAAUUGCCGGAGGAAUGGCGUACCUAUCAGAGCGCAAGUUCGUCCACCGAGACCUGGCAACCCGAAACUGCCUAGUUGGAGAGGAAAUGAUAGUGAAGAUUGCAGAUUUUGGCCUGUCCAGAAAUAUAUACUCAGCUGAUUACUACAAAGCCAAUGAGAAUGACGCCAUCCCCAUUCGCUGGAUGCCUCCAGAGUCCAUUUUCUACAAUCGCUACACUACAGAAUCAGAUGUGUGGGCCUACGGGGUCGUGUUAUGGGAGAUUUUUUCCCAUGGGAUGCAGCCAUAUUAUGGUAUGGGUCAUGAAGAGGUGAUUUACUAUGUGAGGGACGGUCACAUCCUUGGCUGUCCUGAGAACUGUCCUCUGGAGCUGUACAAUCUGAUGAGGCUUUGCUGGAGCACACACCCACCUGACAGGCCGAGCUUCAGCAGUAUACAUCGGAUACUGGAGCGUAUGCAUCAGCACACAAUCCACGCAAACACAGAUACUGAGGCCCACCACUGAUCUUUACUGAAAUGCUUUAAACAUGAUGCCAGAAAACCUACUUUAAAUGAACCAAGACUGUUCUCAACCAUGUCUUCAGCACUCAGAUUAUGCAGUCAUUUUUUCCCACACCCAAACUUUUAUUGUAUUAAUAAGUGUCAAACUAUUAGUUGUUUUUGUUCAUUUUUAUUUACAUAUAUCCCAUAUUUUAGUAAUUUGUGUUGUGUGCAACUUUUAAUUAAAUUCAGGAGCUUUCAUGAGACAAGUUAAAACAUCAAAAGUACCUAAACAUGAUCCUGCCCUCAGAUCCAUGAACUUUAAGGCCAAGGAUAGCAGACACCUAAAGACAAAGAAAACAGUGUAAAUAAAUAAUUGUAUUGAUAAUGGACAUGCCUGCUUGACUCAUACAUAUACAAAACUGGCUUGACUUCAGGUUGAUGCCACAGUGCAUUUUAUAUCUCAGGACUUUCUAGUAGACUUUAUCAGACACCGCAGUAGCAUUACAGCGCUGUGCGAGAAUGACAUCCCCGCCAUCGUUACCGGCUAUGAUCAAACUGAAACCAAUCAUACAACAGCUCAAAUAUGAUGCCAGUUUAUAUGAAAUGUUAACAAGAAUUAGCACGGUGAACUAACUCUAUCUCCAGGACAGAUUGAUGAGGUGAUGAUGAUGAUACGACACUUGGCAACAAGCCUAUUACAGCACUGUAAAUGUACUUUUGUAAAUGUUAAUCCUGAUGAUGACGCUUGCUUCCUGUCACUUCCUGUCCCCUACAACUCGCUUGUUAUGGCAGCUCAAGGAUGACACAUACAACUUCAACUUUGUUACCCAUUGGCAGAGUUUGGUUACAUUAAAUCUACAUUAAAUCUCAAAACAGCAUCGCCAGUGUUCAUACUACAUAUACAUUAGCAUUGGACUGACCAAUACUAAACAUUCAUAAUGUGACCGGGCUGGUCUAAAAGGUCUUAACUUUCACAAUAUUGGGCCGUCCCGCUUGGGGCCCCUUUCAGACAAACAGAUACUUCAGUUUCAAACAGACCUCGGGCCUCUUAGUAAGAGUUAAGUGGGCUCGUACACAUAGAAAAUAGAGUGGAGACGUGCUUUUGGUAUAUAAACAAGAAGAUAAAUAAAUAAAAGGUCACACCCAACAAUAAUAUAACAGAAAAACAAUUGCUGGAUCCUGGUGCCUAGCGCGAGGUAAUGGCUGCUACCAGCAGAAUACUGCUCAAUGUAAAAACAACCUGUGACUGUCUGGGGAGGGAACCAAAACACACGACCAACACACCACCUGUGCUCCAGCCCAUCGGUGCUUACCCCCAGUGACCCAACACACCGAGGCAAGGAAGUUCACCUUACCACUACAAAUACAAAUGCUGCCUCCCCAAUACAGACCCCAAUGCCCGCAACACAAUUUUAAACGAAACGGCCUCACUCAUUCUGUUAAGCAGAAAAGAAAAUGAAGGGAUCCAAUGUUGCGAAAGAAUAAAUACAGAUUUAGUACAGCAACCACUAAGUGGGGCAGUCACUACCCUCCCCCAGCACAGCUACAAGGAGUCCAGAAUAGACCAAUAAAAUAAAAGAGAUGUUAAUAAACUAGAAAACACAAAAGCAAAACCGGAAAGAAAAAGUGGUCAAAACAAACUAGACCCGAAGCAGACAGCAGAACAAAUAAGGAACAAACUUUGUGACACUCAGGCCUGCUGGUCUCUACCCUAAGAAGACAAAAUAAAUGCAGCCAAAGCAGCAGUAGCAACUCUUUUGACAAAGAUUAAAAUCAGACAUAUAAUUAGAAAUUUAACAAUACUCCAUCAAUUUAUUUUACCCCAAGGAGGCCAAGACUCACAGCACGUCAAACGCAAAACCAAUAAUAUAAGAAGAACAAAACAAAUGCUUAAAACAAAGUUCAACAUCAAAUGAUACUAAAAUACAAAGAGCUUCUUGGCCCAAAAUGGAGACGCUGUACCUCCCACCCAUGUUUGCACCAGAAUCAAUCUCCGUCUACUGCAGAGCUUUUACAUGCUUUAGUGGCUAAGAGUUAGCGGUAUAGGAAGCAGUAUCACUCAGGCUGACCGGUCACAAUAAGACACUAAAGCGAACAACUCAUCUGUCCAGGGGAAGAAAAAUAAGCUCUGAGUACAACUGUGUUUCCCGAUUUUAAGUCGUUUGGGUGUUUAGAAAUACUUUGAUGUGGUGCAAUUAUUUUUUUGGUUUGUGGAAAAGAAUAUAAAAAGGCUCUCUGAUUAGUCAAGGUCUCCUAUGAAUGUCAAAAUGUUUUACAGCCUCAUUGCCCUUGAUUGCCCUCUGAGAAUGCAUCAAUUGCAAUACGAUGAAAGAUAAUCAGAAUACAACACAAACUGGCUGGAAUGACACUACCCCACCACAUUUUCAUAACAGUUCUGCUUAAAUCUUAUGUUUCAUCAGUUGCAUGUUGAGUUGGCAGUUUUCUCCCUAAGUUUGAACUUGAAAAUGCCACCUAGAAAGCUGAUCAAUCUGGGUGUCAUCUUGGCUGCUUUGAUAACUGAUGCUCAGUCGUGGCAAGCGUGACCCAAACACCCAAAACAGAAUAUAGAUUUGGGUCAUGACAAAUGGACACGUAGUUGAGUUUAGGCAUGGACACAUUGUGAGUCAACAAAGUCAGUCAAGGUCGAGGAAAACUACUUUUUAUAUUUAUUUUGAUAUCUUGGCAAAGAAAAUCUGGUCUUGUUGACUUUGGUUCAGAGAGAAGUGAUGUGUGGAAAGCACUCAUAAUAUAUUUAUAAAGACAUUUUACAAACCUUGAUAUUUCAUCUCACUUUUAGCCAAUUUCAGUGUGGCACACAGUCACUUUAAAUGAGCUGUUGAUUGUUUUAUACACAAGUCGCUAUUCCACUUUCAGGGCAUUCUUGUUUUAUUUUUCUUUCUUUUUCCUUCAUGAUGUUGGUGAUCUUUGUCGUUGAUUUCUAUUGAUUUCACAUAAUUAAAUAAUAGCAGGGAUAUGAUUUAAUGUUAAUUCAUUCUUUCAACCCACCAGAGACACAAUAUUUGUUUAAUGAUAAUUAAUACGAGUCUCAUCAUUGAUCCAUUCCUGUGGUUUUAGGCGAAAAAGAAAUGUGCAAAUAUAUUACGUUUUUAAUUAGUUCUUACAAAGACAGAAAACUAUCUCUUCAACAAAUGUGUGUUGCAUUAUGGGGACAUCAUUAAGAUCAAAGAAAUAUUGAAAUAUAUAAGAUAAAAGACUGUUUUGAGUUGUCAUAUGUCUCACAUUUAUUUCUAAAUGUGAUGUUUUUCAACUUAUUUUUUUCAUUUGUUACAACAAAUAUUUAUUUUGUAACCAUUAC